AUGGCUUCACAUGGCAUGGGACAUGCUGCAACUUCGUCGAUCUCUACUGUCACUCCUGGAUCGCCCCCAAUCGUCGCAGCGCCACAGCAACAACAACAGCAGCAGCAGCGUGUGCAGAUACGCCAGCGCCCGAUUGUGCCGAUAACUCCAGCAACUGCAACGGCUCAGGCAGGUCCUGCACGGCCUCCAAUCGUACCAAAACCACCCGCUCCUCGCCCCGCAACAAACCGAAGGGCUCGGGCUCCAAAACGACCAAGGCCAUCGACAUCCCAAGGUGGCGAGGGUGGGGGUGGGGACAGUGACGAUGACAGUGAUGAUGACGAUGUGGUGGAAUGGGCUGGACCAUCUGUGCCUCCACAAGGCGCGGCUACAGGGAUGGGUCAACGCAAGUGA